AUGGCUAGAAAAGAUAAGAAAAAUCGAACUUGUAAUCGAUGUGGAUAUACAUGUUCAACUCCACAAAUGCUUCGUGCCCAUCUUAAUCGAAAAAAUCCAUGUCGACAUCGAGUUAUUCCCACUACAAAUCCAAUUCAAGUACCUGAUCCUAUACCUGAAACAAACCCUAUUCAAAUACCUGAACCAAUUUCACAAAUCGACCCAGAAGCAGGACCAGGUCCAUCUACUCAAGCCCAUAGAGAGGGGAUAUUACAAAACAAUCCAACAAAUGAUUCUGAUAUUGAAUCAAAUAUUACUCAGGAGGAAAUCAAUUAUCUUAUUGCAUUGGGUUUAAUAGAAGAACCAGAAAUCGAAGAAAUCUGGCCUGAAUUGGGUGGUACUCUCUUAGCAGAUAAGGCAAAGAGCAAAAAAUUCAGAUCACAAUAUAGAGAUUCGGGAUUAGCAAGUAUUACAAUUAAACCACCACCAGGUGAUAUACUCUUUGAAGAGGCUGAAGUUGGAGAUCCUGAUAGACCACACUCAAGUUUAUCUUCAUUAACAAAAUGGCAAGCAAUUGUCCCAUCAAUAGAAAAUCAAGCAUAUAAAUUUAAUAUACCCAUAGGUGACCCCGAAAAAUAUGCUGAAGCCCCAUACAUGCCCCAUCUUAUGGCAUUAGCUCGAGAGCAAAUUACAAGUGUACUAAAGGCUGAACUUCGACGAAAAGAUCAAAUAAAAUCCGCAAUAGUAGUAUACUGUAAUUAUAUGAAAAUGGAAAAGAAAGAUAAAGGAGAUAAAGGUAUGCUAUCAAUUCCAAUUCCAAUUUAUCAGCAAAAAUAUCACAAUGGAAGGAUGCGUGCUAUUCUUUCAGAAAAUGAUAUAGAUGAGCAUAUUACUCUUUCAGGCGGAGAAAUUGAUGCAAAAAUAGAAGCAUUUUUAAACAACGGGUCAGGAUGGACACUAAUCCGAAUAGAAAUGAUGUUUAUUGAGGUUUAUGCAUAUAGAAAAGCUGUUGGAGGAUCUUACAAACCAACACCAAAAAAGCUUGCUAAUACUAAAUGUACUAUUAAUCCAGAUAACUCUAAAACAGGUGAUGAUAUGUGUUUAAUGCAUGCAUUAGAUGCUUAUUUUGCAAGCAAAGAUGGUAUAACAAAAAACUUACAACGCCUUUCUGUUAUUAGUCCAUAUUCAAAUAAAGUUAAUUUGGAUGGUAUUCCAAUGCCAACGCCGAUUUGUAAUCGUACAUUCCAAAAAAUUGAAGUCCAAAAUCCAGAAAUCUCAAUCAAUGUAUGGGAAUGGAAAGAGGAAACUGCUACUCCCAAACCGGUAAUUGCUAGUAAAAAUUUCUUUAUACCUAACUCAUGUAAAGUUGCAGGUUGUGAGCAUCCAAGACCAAAUGAAUGCAUGACAAAAAGACCACAUAUCAUACAUCUUAUGGCUCUUACAGAUGUUAAUAAAGCUGAAGAUACAGGUAAGUAUGGACAAAGAAACCAUUUUCUUUGGAUUAAAAACCCGGAUGCCUUAGUAUUCAAAGAUACGGCACAUCAUGGCAAAAAACAUCUCUGCAAUCGAUGUUUUCUAAGCUGGCCAUCUGAAAAAUCAUUGACAUAUCAUCAGAAAUGGUGUUUCGGACUAGGAGAAGCCCCACAAAAAGUUACAAUGCCGGAAAAAGGUAAAAACGAUAUAGAAAAAUUCAAAAACUACGCGAGAAUGAUUUACGCUCCAUGUGUCAUAGUCGCAGAUUUCGAGGGGGAUAAUAAAAAGUGUGAUGAGUCAUACGGUGGAAAUAUGCGAAAAUUUGCAGAACAAAAGGCUAACAGUUUCAGUUAUGUAAUUCACUGGAUUGAUACCAACGAUACUUGGGGACCAUUCAUUUAUCGUGGUCCGAAUGCGACUCAGGAGUUUGUAAGAAGAAUUGACCAGGAAUUAGUCAGAAUUAAUAAAGUUUUAGCCAUAAAAGCCGAACGUAUAGUAACUGAUGAAUAUCAGAGGAAAUUUAGAAAUGCGGAUAAAUGUUGGAUUUGCCACAAAGAAUUAAAUGGAGAUAAAGUCUGGGAUCACUGCCACAUUACCGGUAAGUUUCGAGGGGCAUCACAUAAUGACUGUAAUUUAAAACUCCAAAUUACGCCAUGGAAAACACCAAUUCCAAUAGUAUUUCAUAAUUUCCGAGGUUACGAUUCUCAUCUAAUCUGUGAAUCAGUAGGACGUUCAGUUAACGCCAAACAAAUUGAUGUUAUUGCGGAAACGUUUGAGCGUUAUAAGUCGAUGAGAGUGGGUCAAUUGCGAUAUAUCGAUAGCAUGCAGUUUAUGAACACGUCUUUAGCAAAGCUUGCGGAAAAUUUAGGUGCAGUAAAAUGUAAGGACUCAAACUGCAAACAUUUCCACCGGAUAGAUGAUGAUAGAUGUUUCGGUACUCUCGAAAAUCAUAAAAUUACAUGUCAAAUUUACAAGAAUUUAUCUCCAGAACAGAUUGCGCUGGUAUGUCGCAAAGGCGUAUAUCCAUACGAAUAUAUUGAUUCGCAUGAUAGAUUUAGUGAAACCGAACUUCCGCCAUUCCAUGAAUUUCAUGGCAAGCUUAAUG